AUGAGCGAGACGAGACCAGUGCCGAGGAGAGAGAGUCCAUGGGGUUUACCUGAAGGUCACCGUGAGCCCAAAGCUCACCGCUGCAACGAUCGUGUCGAAGACGUCGUCCAGGCGUUUUUUGAGGGAAACCCGUUCAAGACGGUUCCAGGACCGUUUAAACUAUUCUACCGAUGCAUGCGCUCUAAGCCAGGAGAGGAGCCAACAGAGCCAUUCACAUACCUUGACCUGGAACCUCUAAAGAGAGAAGUAAAACUUGAGGAUAAGUGA